UGAUCUGAACUCUGAACCGAAGUGACAGAAGACCAUACCGACGUUGCCAAAUUCUUAUUUGGUUUUUCAUUUUAUUAAAAAAAUAUAUUUUUAAACUACUUUUUUGAAAAAUAUUCAACCCAAUCUAAAUCCCAAAUAGGAUUAUUAGUGGCUGAAAAAUAAGCUAUUUAUAAUAGAAAACUUAUUUUAGAAUUAAACUUUUGAAGGAAGAAAUGGCAGAAAAUCAGGAAUUAAAGAACACAAAAGAAGACAAAGAAUUGGCGGAUUUGUUAGAUAGUGCUCUAAAAGAUUUCUCAAGUUGUGGACAAAAAAAAGAUGAAGCAGAAUCCUGUUCAAGUAAUAGUCAAAAGUCAGAAGAUAUCAAGCUAGAGACUGAAUGGAAUGAGGAACUCAUUAAACAACUAACACAGUGUUAUAAUUCGGAUAUGAUGAAAAUCUUCAAUCAGAAUGCACCUACAGUAUCGCAGGAGAACGUUGAAGAUGUAAUUAAACAAAUAACAGCUAAUGGUCAAGUGUUUUUGAACCAAGAUGGUGGUGAACUCUUACCUGAUUUUGAAGAAACUAUUUCACAAGCAGUACAAGAGCUAACUCAGGGUCUUGAUCAGACUAAAUUAAAUGAUAUAAUGGCUGGAGGUGAUCCAAAUGCAUUGUUUUCAUCAUUUAAUCAGAAUAUGAUGGAAUGUUUACUGUCAAAGGAGGUACUUUAUCCUGCUCUUAAAGAGAUUUUGGAUCAGUUUCCUGAUUGGUUAAAGAACAAUAAGGAAAAAUUAAGUGCGGAAGAUUACCAAAGGUAUGAAACCCAAGAAAAAUUGAUUAGGCAAGUAUGUUCUGUAUUAGAAAAGGAGCAAGAGUCAGACACUUCGGAAGAGAAAAAGAAGAGAUAUGAGCAAGUUUUAGAAUUAAUGAUCAAGCUUCAAGAUUAUGGUCAGCCUCCAGUUGAAUUAGUAGGAGAAAUGAAUCAAAUUGAUACAAAAAAUUGUGUUUUGAUGUAAUAAUAUUAUUAUUAUUAUUAAGCGAAAUUUAUAUGAAUAGAUAUUCUGAAUUAGAGGAAACUGUGUGG